CCUACCUCUUGGUUAGUUACCCGCGCAACUGCUACCACCACUUCGCAUCUCUUCGAAUAAUUUUCUCUUGGUCACAGCAGUCACCCUGAAGCGAGUAACCGCAGAAUCGGCAGUGAUAGAGAAUCUUUGUGCACAGGAGUCUAAAAAUACACCUGAAUCUCAUCUCAACUCAUCUUCACUCUGUCUUUGUCUCAUAACAUCGACGGUGUGUUCGCGGUGACCGCACAUUUAUCGGAAAGAAGUUAUCGUCGUGACUGAGACACGACCGCAAAGCUAUUAGGUUUACCGCGAAUGACCUUUUACCCAAACUUUAUCAUCCGUCAAAUAAAUCUUGAUUGCUUUUAACCCGUCGCAUCUUAUCAUCUUCAUCUUCAUUUUAACCAUACAUUUAUUUUUAUAAAUAUUACAUUUAAGUGCCCGUGUGUGUUAUUUAUUGGGUAUAUAAUAAAAUCUUACAGAUGAGGUCAUCGCACUGGAUUAUUUUAUUUACUUUUCUACCGGGUUUGAUGUCGGAUCACGAUGAAUACAGUAUAUCUCAACCACCACUUGAUUACAAUGGAUCUAAAAGAACAGGAUGCCCUAAAAGUGCCUUUGACAGUCAACCUGCGGGAAGAUAUGAUUCAUCAAUUACAUUACGACAAUUACGAUCAGAAAUGGUUCGCAUGACAUCGGUGCAGGAUAAGCCACUCGAUGGUUAUAUCGUCACAUCUAAUGAUGAUCAUCAGAGUGAAAGUGUUUCACCCCAUGACAUGAGACGGGAAUUUUUAACAGGAUUUUACGGAAGUGCUGGAGAAGCUUUAGUUACUUUGAAUAAAGCAGUAUUAUGGGCUGAUGGAAGGUAUCAUCUCCAAGCUGACCAACAACUAGACUGUAAUUGGAUUCUUAUGAAAUAUGGUCAUAAAGGAGUUCCAUCUAUAACAGAAUGGUUGAGGAAUGAAUUCAGCAACCGUACCGAUGUAAGAAUAGGAGCAGACCCAAUGCUUAUUCCAGCAUUCGUAUGGGAAACAUGGGAAAAAGAACUAGCACAGUCAUCGGUAAACCUCAUAGCAGUAUCCACCAAUUUAAUUGAUUUAAUUUGGCAAAUCGGACGUCCAAAAAAUAAUACAUACGCCGCUUAUCCAUUAGAAAUAAAAUUUGCUGGGAAAGCAUGGCAAGAAAAAGUACGACAAAUUAGAUUAAAAAUGGAAUUAUUUGGAGCAGAUGCAUUGGUUAUAACUGCUCUCGAUGAAAUAGCUUGGUUAUUAAAUAUUCGUGGCUGGGAUUUACCAAACACACCUGUGUUGAAAUCUUAUGUAAUUGUUACUCAAGGUUCAAUUUAUCUUUACGCUGAACGACAUAAAGUUUUGCGGUCUGUCGGUAUACAUUUAAAAUCUGAUGGCUGUUACCACGCAGACUGUGUCAGAUUAAAAAGUUAUACAGACAUUUGGAAUGAUUUACGGACAAUGUCUCAAACAUGGAGUAAAGUAUGGUUGCCAUCUUACUGUGGAUACGCUCAAGGAGCGUCACGAAUAAUUUACAUAUCCAUUCCAGUUGAAAAACGAUUUCCUCAUCCAUCACCAAUAAUUGAAUUACGAGCAGUAAAAAAUGAAAUUGAGAUAUUAGGGAUGAGAAAAGCACAUUUACGUGAUGCAGUGGCAAUGUGUGAUUUUAUGGCUUACAUGGAAGAACAGUUGAAAUAUAAAACGACAAAAUGGGAUGAAAUGCAAGUGGCAAGGGUCGUUAAUGAAUUUCGGCUUGAAAUGGAUUACAAUCAGGGUAUUUCUUUUCCAACAAUAGUGGGAUACGGGCCGCAUGCCGCGUUACCUCACUAUGAACCGAUCGAUAGUACCAGUUUGAUGAUUGAAUUAAAUUCAACGUUAGUAAUAGACUCAGGUGGACAGUAUUUGGAUGGCACUACUGAUGUUACAAGAACAAUACAUUUUGGUGAGCCAACACAAGAACAAAAAGAAGCUUAUACACGUGUUUUAAUAGGCUCUAUUGAAUUAGCGUCAUUAAUUUUUCCAAGUAGUUUAAGAACAGAUCAACUAGAUAUUCUGGCCAGACGUCCUCUGUGGGGCAUGGGUAAUGAUUAUAUGCAUGGAACUGGACAUGGUAUCGGCCAUUUUCUAUCUGUUCAUGAACCUCCAAUUAGCGUAUCGUAUAAUAUGAAUGCUACGCCAACAGCUGGUUGUACGUGUUAUUUAAGCCCAGGCAAUUUUUUAUCCAAUGAACCAGGUUAUUAUAAAGCCGGUGAUUUUGGAAUACGUUUGGAAAAUAUACUAGAAGUUGUAGAAGCAGAUACACCACAACAAGAUAAACAAAGGUUUUUGAAAUUUCGCGAUGUGACCUUGAUACCCUACGAGCCAAAACUGAUAGAUACUAGUAUGUUAAGUUCUGCACAUAGGCGUUGGUUAAAUAAUUACAACAGCCGCAUUAGAAAUGAGGUAGGACCGGAAUUAAAAAAACAUUUGAGAAUGGUUGGAUUCAAAUGGAUGAUGAAGAAAACACGUAGCAUUCCUGAAUCAGGUGACGUAGAUGAGCGUCUUUUUGUUGGUGCAGCAAGUCCAUCAUAUUUUAAGUAUUCCGGUGCACUUAUUACUAUUGUGAUAUUAAUUCAAAUAUGGGCCGAUGAAUUAUUAAUAUUAUAAUUUUAUAAUUAGUUAGGAAUUAUAUUUUAUUACUUUGUGAA